AGGAACGACGCCGCCGCGGGAAGCCCAAGAAACGAGAACCAAAGGACGAUAAUGCCGCGUGAGUUCGGCUCGGCCUGCAGCCGCCGUCGGGUUCCAUGGCGACCGCCGAGACACCGCCACCAAGCCCUUGCCUGAGGCGUUCUCUGCCGCACCUUGGUUCGAGCCGUGUGGUGCAGGACCUCAGUGCGCGACCAUGAGGAUUACGCUCGCCGGCGGGUGCGUCGCUGCGCUGGCCGUGGCGUGGCACCUGGUCGUCGUCUACGGGGCGAGCGCCGAUGCCACGGUCGCCGCUAGCGCUGGGAGAAGCAGUCCAGGGACAGUUGACAUUGAAGCAGUUCCCGCAGAGUCAUCAACUUCAUCAACACAUAGUCAAGAAAGUGAAAGCGUGCCAGAGCUUUUAAGGCCAGUCGCUUCAAGGAACUCCUUAUUAAUUAAUGACGCAGCUUCAUUAGAACUUUCCAGUUCUUUUACAAGUGUUCAUACAUCGUCUGUCACCACAGUUUCCGAGACAUCUGAACUGCCAUUCGUGCUGCGUACGGAAGGAUCUCAGGAAGCGGACUUUACUUUGCAUGAUUCCAAACGGAAGCAGCACUCUGUGACGAAUGAACCAUCCGUAGUGGUAACUGUGGCAGCUAAGCCACAAUCAACGACUAAACAUGGGGCGCACACGAGUCAAAAUAAUCGAAGGGGCGCAGCUCACCCAUCAAUGCUAUCGUCGUCAUCCAGCAACGGAGAACGGGAGCAAAUUGUCGGCUCUAUCUCCGCCUCAGCUGAGACGAGCAUCCAAGACGAGCCGUAUAACGCACCCAUUGUUCCUAGGAGUACUGCCAGCGUAAUAUCGGCUACAGAGCUGCGUGUGGCCGAAGUCACAACGCUACCAUCUUUUACUGCGGAACCCGAAGUAACAGAGCCGCAGCAGGGCGAUUCCGAAGAAGCCUCACUGCGUGUACUACGCAGCAUUCAUCCAUCCAGUGCCACACCGGCCCACGUGGUCCACCACAGCCGGAGCCGAGAGGCGACGCCCGUGUCAACGGCUGCCGCUGCCGCCGCCACCGAACGGACUCGGGGCGGCGGCAACGGCAAUGGCGGGAACCCGUCCAUCGACAACAUCCUCAGUGGCAUCAUCCAGCUCCUCGGCGGCGACAUGAACCUCCCUCGACCUCCGUCAAUGCGAUUGCCGCCUCCUCCGCUGCCACCGCAUUCCUCUCAGCAGCAUCAUCACCACAAGCCGCCGUCGAGGAUCAACAACCGGGGUCCCCCCAAUUUCAACUUCCCGCCGCCCCCGCCCCGGCCGCCGCAGCUACCGCCGCAUCCGCCCCACCCGCCGCCUCACCCUCCGCACCCGCCGCACUCGGCGCCGCCGCGACCGAGACCGAGCCUGCCGCACCUGCCACCGCCGCACCCGGGCCACUUCGACACGAUCCCGCGGCCGCCGCCGCCCAACUUCCACUUCCCGCCCGUGAACCAUCCGAACCACCCGCACCACCCGCAGCAGCACAUACACAUAGUGCCUCUGCCGCACCCGCCCACAGUCUACCCGACGCCGUCGGACGUGAGUCAGUUGCUGGGACUCAACGACCCGGACAGGCAACAGCGGCCCCAUCACCACCAGGACGGCCACCAACGGCCGGCGCCGCCGCCACCGGCGACACACGACACCGACCAGUACGAAGCCACGCCCGCCUUGUCUGAGUUACCUCCAGCCAACAACAACGGACCCGAACAGCCAACCAUGCACAGGGAGACUGUUCGUGACAACGGACCAGAGGUGAUGGCAACGGCGACUGAGCACUUGCCUCCCAGCAAAUCCACCAUUGUGCUCAUCCACGAGGCGCCUGUGUCUUCGUCGCCGGUCGAAGAGGUGACACCGACGAGCGCGAGUGACGACGCCGCUGUUGAGGAGACGAGACACGAAGAAGACACCAGGCAUGACGUGAGACCAACGAUGACGGAAGGUGAUUUGGAACCAUCUGGAAAAGUACCGUCGGGACCAGUGUCGGGAUGGCUCCCUGUGUUCUUAGACUCCUCCGUUAGAGCCAAUAGUUCCAGGGUGAGCGUCAAUACGGCGGAGGAACCUGAAAUUAUCACAGAACCCACUGAGCCUUCGGUUUUCGAUAUUACCGUCAUGCAUUCCAUUGGAACCGUGAGCAACGUCGUGACUCCUUCUCAGACAAUUCGACCCACUUUCUCGACGACUGCGCCGUCAAUAGAAGUAGGAACGAGCACAGAAAGCAGCUCGACCGACCCUGACGAAGUUGAAGGGACGCAGCCUUCCGACGGAGAGGCGGAACCACCAUCUUCAUCGCCCACCUCGAAGACUUCAAAUGCAGACAGGGACCCAGAAGUGAUCUACGGAACUCCGAAGCUCGAGAGCACGCCAUCGACAGACCCGGCUACUACGCUGCAAUCCAGUCUUCGUUCGACGACAAUGGUUGGACUUUCAAACACGCACACGGCCAAUGAAAAUGAAUCAGACGUGGUGAUGACUUUAUCUGGAAAGGGGACACUCGUGCCGGAUGUGACCCACACUAGGCCGCCAGUGAAGCACAAUCAGUCACCCACAGGAAGGCCGAUAGUGAUCCCGGUGGAGAUCGAAGAUGUCAGGCCAGUGAUCGGCUUUCCUCCGGAGUUGUCCCAUGGCUUCCCGAGACCUCAGGACGGCCACGGUCCGCAAAGACCUGGCGGAAGCACGUCUCGUCCAAGACCCAAAGAACCAACGGGUCCACCGCGCAAGACUACCUCGAAGCCUGGGUCUUCUCCACGAAGGAGACCUGGCUACCGGCCAAAACACAAUACUACCUUGGUGAGAAUCGACACCUGCAUCGUUGGUGACGACUCCACGUGCGACUCACAGCUGAACGAGUGGUGCAAGGCCGAGCUUGGCGUCAGUUCCUGCCACUGCAGACCGGGCUUCACGAGGACAAUUCCCAGGGGACCUUGCAGCCCUGUUAUCAACGUUGGCCUCACAUUGAAACUCGACCGGCUUGGUGACCAAAAGCUGGUAUUCAACCGACACUACAGAAACCCAGAAUCGGAGGACUACCGGCUGCUUGAGUAUGAAGCAAAGCAAGCGCUGCACAGCCUGUUCAGCAAGUCCAGCUUUUCGCGGCUCUUUGUAGACGCGACAGUGAACAGGUUCCAGUCCGCCGGCAGCAAGAUCAUGAUGAAUGCCACUGUGCAGCUGGAGGACAACGACAUCACGCGAGUUCCUUCGGUCAAGCGUGUUCUCCAACACGAGGUGGUCAACAUGAUCAACCGCCGAAACUCGAACAUCGGAGAGAGCAGGCUUUACGUCGACGGGCUUCUCAACUCGGGCCUUUCAGUGGACGACGUGAACGAGUGCAACGACGUGAGUCUCAACGACUGCUCCAAAAACGCCGUCUGCGAGAACGUAUUCGGCACGUUCCGCUGCACCUGCAAGGCAGGCUACACGGACAAGUACCCGGACACCAAGUGGAAGAGCGGCAGGACUUGCAACGCAUGCGCACCGGAUUACUGCAACAACAGAGGCGACUGCCGUAUUGCGAAUGGACAACGCGAAUGCAGUUGCCGCGGAAAGUACAUCGGUUCCAGGUGCGACAUCGACGGAGAGGUGCUGGGCGUGGCACUGGGAGCCUCUAUCACGGCGGUCAUCAUCAUCGUUCUCACUCUCGUCUGCCUGUGCCUCUGGAACCGUCGUUGGAAGCGCGAGCAACACAAGGCGGAAGUGAUGUCGGCCCACUCGGUCGGCAGUCUAGGCUAUCUCAGCAAGGCAUCUACGCUGGGACCGGCCUAUCGCGUCAGCGUCGAAGACAGACUACGCUGGCAACACAUCGCCGACGCCAUGGGCAACAUAUACGUGCAACCCGAGGCCUCGGCUCCACCGAAGACACCUACGGGUUUCGCCACUCCCGGCCGAGUGCGCAGUCCGAGCCCACAAGAGGAGAAUCACUACAGCCACAUCCAGAGGCCGCGCUCCAGGGGGGCCAUGUAUGGCCCACCACCGAGUCACAACCCGUACGAGUACGAGUCCCAGAAGAGGGAGAUGUACGCCCCGGUCACGCCAUACUACAAGACGGCGUCUCACCACACCAUGUAUUCCUGAGCGCAGUAUACUGCCCGACGAGUGUGCCGCGUCUCGCAGAAAUCAAGUGACUGCAGCAGUUCGACGUGAGCCAAAUGUGCGCGUGAAGCGACAGACGUGCGAGCAGAUCUACGAGAGCCACACGUGCAAGUGUGUGACCCCGUGGACUCCAUCGUUCCCGACGUGCCUACGUCGACAAACGAUCUGAAACUUCAGAGUGCGCGAUCCCGGGAUUACUACAGUGCGUCGUCCAUCGAUGGGACGCAGUGCCAUCGCUGCAGACCUAUCGGUGCUGCUGAGUAUUUAUGAUCCACGAGUGUAGCGACAGGAGCACAGAAGUGGGACACCAUGGCGGCUCUUAAAGGUCUCGCGGAAUGCAAAAUCGCGUUGGAAUGUGCCUUCCUGCAACGUAGCAUAGAGAACCGGGUGAACAUAUGCACUGUAGGGGGUUCGGUGAGUACACAGUGAAGCGACGAAGCUGGUGGACACUGUUUAGAGAUCGGGGAUGAAAGGUUAAGGGCGACGAUAGUGGUAAAAAGAACUGCAUUUCCCUGCGGUUUUGACAUGCAGUUUUGCGUUCACAGGCGCAUCAUGGUGGCCGCGCGCAGAAGUUCAGACCCAACCUUCCAUUUACAGGCUGAAUGUCAAGGUUUAUUUCUUCACUGCCGCCGUGGUCUGCAUACGCUGUUUUCAUCCGGUACAUGUGAACCUGCAAGUUUGUUCGCUGGAACGUCUCCAUAAGUGAUGUGUGAUGCUACGCGACAUUUUUGUUCCUUUAUUUCGGCGUUAGAAGCGCACAAUUGCAGGCUGUAACAGUAGACGUAUAGGGUACACGUUUGGUGUUCCAGUUGUAGUGAGCCACGAAUAUAUCACAGAUGCGGGCUUGUACCGUGGAAAAAUUCCGAUGUAGAAGUCAAGUUCUAAAUUCGUUGUUAGCGAUUUUGCAAGCACGUCCUGGCUUAAGUCGACAGUGGAGCUUCGUUUAGAAAACCGGUGAUGUGUGUUUCGUUCUUUCACUGCCACUGAACCAAAGCUCAUGACGGCACUGUGCUGUGCAACGACAUUUUUAUUUAUUUAUUUUUUCGUUGUCGGGGGUGCUAUAAGACUGAAAGCCCAACAUAUAAAAAAUUUAACACUGCUGAGUAUGCUCUGGUUAGCGAGAGAGAGAGAGAGAGAGAGCAACCUGUGGUUAGUCUCGGCUGUAACAAAUUGCCAUACUUAGUAUCAUUUCGGUACUAAACAUACGGCCGAGCAGAAACGCUUAACAUAUGCUCGCACAUCUAUACACUUACACCACUUCUGUGCUCCUUGAGAAGCGCAGGCUACAGUGUGCGACUGAGUGCUGCGGUUUAAGCAGUAUAUAUGCUUGUGGUCGAACGCACUACAUAGUCCUAGAGAUUGCUUUUGUGCGAACCAAGACUGUGGCUUUCAACAAGCGUCAUUUUUGUGGACCUAGAAAAAUCCCGUCCGUGUGCGUGUGUUUGGUUAUGUUCGUGCGUGCGUGUCUCUGAGUGCAGUUUUUCUUUAUUUUUUCGGCGUGAGAGAGGUGGGCGUGACUGAUAUUUUCUGAGGUGAUUUAACCGCACACGCUACCUGUAGUCCGUGAUCUAGGGGUGGCGACGUGAGUCGUAACUAUCGUGUAAUUUAUGAGAAGCUCACCGCACUACUUAUGUGCUGUGCAGAGACUGCAGACACGUGGAGUCGGCAUCCGAGUGAGGCAAUGGACUAGUGUUUUGCAGCGACAAUUAGUGUGCUAUCUUAAUGAAAAAAGCUUUAGAGGGGAUACAAGUAAAUUGUGCAUGUUCACUGUCGUGCGUCUAUACCAAUAUGGUUGCUCCGAAGGAGAGAAUGAAUUCCUACGACUGCUCAGUGGACGCCGGCGCCACGAGCGAGGACUCCAAGGUCUGGUAGCAUCGCGUUAUUUUUUUUUUCUUUAUUCUGGUAUUACUUGUGUCAGGUCAUGGUCCUGAUUUCAUUUGUUUGAUACAAGUCAUCGAACACCCCUACGACAAUAAAUGUGAUUCCCCGAA